GUAAAUUGGAACGUGGACUGAAAUUUGUUACUUAGCAACGGUUGCUAAGAGUACACUGUCAUUGUUUGAAUAAGCGCAACAAUUUUUAACUCACAGUGAGUAGCAAAAUAUUCUUUCUCUAAUAAAAAAUGGUUAAAAUAACGGUAGAUUUGGUUCGCAAGAAAGCAGAACAUCAUGAUUGUUUGUUAGCCCCAUUAGAAGAGAUUGCAUUACAUCAGGAAAAUAUAGAAAAAAUAGAAUACUUGCAAGACUGGUGCCCGAAACUCAAAAUUCUUUUAAUGCAAAGUAAUUUGAUAGCUAAAAUAGAAAAUCUAAAUAAAUUGAAACAUUUAACGUAUCUUAAUUUAGCACUUAACAAUAUUGAAGUGAUUGAAAAUCUAGAAAGAUGUGAAUCUUUGCAAAAAUUGGAUCUCACUCUUAACUUUAUAGGAGAUAUCGUCAGUGUGGAAAGUCUUAAGGAUAAUUACAAUUUGGAAAAUUUGUAUUUGACUGGAAAUCCAUGUACAGACUAUGAGAACUACCGUGAUUUUGUAAUUGGUACAAUACCUCAACUUAAUUCACUCGAUGGUAGAGACAUUGAACGAUCUGAUCGUAUCAAAGCUUUGCAAAACCUCCCUAUUAUUAAAUCUGACAUAAUAUUUGAACAACAAAUCUAUAUGGGUCAAAGAAAAGUUCAAAAAACACGACUUGAUAGAGAUAUACAAGAUAAAUGGGAAAAUCUGUACAAAGACAUGGAUCCAGAGGAAAGAAAUAAGAAGUUUUGGGCUGAAAAAACAGAGCAUGCGCCUGAAGUGAGAUAUGAAAUUGAACGUAUGAGGCAACUAAAACUAAAAAGCUGCGAGACUAAUGAUAAAAAAGAAGAAAAGCGUGAAUAUAGAUUAUUUACUAAUGACGGUAGACCAUUUAAUAUAAACCAACCAAAAAUAGAUUUCAAGUUUAAUGUUGAAGAACCUAAUAAAUACAUUUUAGACUUGGCUGUGUAUAAACAUUUGGAUACUAGUUUACUCGACGUUGAUAUUCAGCCAAAUUAUGUAAGAGUUAUAAUCAAGAACAAAAUAUUUCAGCUUCAUUUGCCUGAUGACGUAGAUACAACAAAUUCAAAAGCUGAAAGAUCCCAAAUUACUGGACAUUUAGUUAUUACGAUGCCGAAGGCAAAUAUUUUGAUUGUAAAGAAAAAUAGUAUUCCACAAAGAAAUAAACCAACUCCACAACCCUACACUGAGCAUAAAGUAAAAGACUGUCAAAAAGGUGCAGUUCAAUCAAAAAGAGAGUUAUUAGAAAUAGGGCCUCCAGAUAACGUACUAGAUUUAUCAAAAAUGACCCUAACUAAAUCAAAACCUGAUUAUAUAAAUCCUAGAUUUAGUGUUGGCUGUAAACAACCCUCUCCAGACUUCGUGGAUAAUCCAGAAGUUCCUGAUCUUAUUUAG